CCUUCAAAUGCCCUACUAAGUGUAUCUCCACCGAUCUCCACUCGUGCCCAUACAAUUCCCCUCCUUUUGCGUCAUAGACUAGUCAAAAACAUUACCAAAUAAAGUGAGUUAAAGCGAUCCUAAUUCGGCAGACUUUUUCCAAAAAGAAAACGGCAUACCUCCAGUGCGAAAAUAAAAACAUAUAAAGUAGGUUAAGCGUGUGUCAUGUUCUAAAUGUUUUAGAGCUUUAUAUCGAUACCCACUCACUAGGAUGACGGAUCCGACGCUGGAUUAUUUCAUUAAUCUUGGGCAAAUACAAGAAGAUGAUGCUUCACACAUCCAGUGGUCCCAUGCGACCAACAGCAAGCACAAGGUCGUAGCUGCUUUGAAUGGACCUUGUCACAUGAUUGAGGCGGACAUACUCAUGAGAGGAAAUGAGCCCAAAGAGCCAAUUAUGGCCCAUCCUCCCAUGAGGGACAGUGACAUCACACUACAGGAGUGGUUGGAAAAAGUGAAGAAGCAGAACAACAAGGGGAUCAAACUGGACUUUAAGAGCCUUGAAGCUGUGGUUCCGUCGUUGGCCUUGUUGGAGAAAGUGUCGGGGGACUGGGGGGCCCCGAUGUGGCUCAACGCAGACAUCCUCCCAGGGCCCCAAGGCACGACCACCCCACUGGAGGCUCAGGCCUUCCUGGACGCGGUGGGCUCCGGGGCCUCUCCCGUCGUGCUGUCCCUCGGAUGGACCACAGGCUGGUCUGCUGAGACAGACAAUCCAGGUUACAGCUGGGCCAUGGUGCGUCAGAUGGAAGAGGUGUGCCGGGGCUUGCGUCAUCCGGUCACCUUCCCAGUGCGAGCCGCCCUGCUAGCCCAAUCCUUCGACCAGAUGAAGUGGCUGCUGCAGCAGUCAGACAGGUAUACUCUCACUGUAUGGACUGGCCAAGAGGAUGUGUUUGCUGUCGAGGACCUACUGCCAUACCGAAGACAUUUUGGGAGGAGUAAAAUCUAUUAUGACCUACCGGACUCGGAAAGAUUAGAGCUAUGCAAUGCUUAAGUUUCAAAGAAAUGCAAUGAAAUUAAACUGACAUUCCACACAAAUCCCAUUACAAUGUUGAAUGAAUUUAAAGAAAAACACUUGAGGGUCCAAAUCAUAACUCUAGUCAUAAUAAUUGAUAUUCUUCCCAUCUUUUAGUUUGUUCAUUACUUCAUUUAAACGAAAGCUACAAUUUCCAAAUUAAUCUAAACGUAUGCAGUUGUAUUUUUGUGUGUACCUCAAGAGCACUUAUAAAUCGGUUUGUAUAGUUAAUAAUUUUUAUAAAGUGUAAAUUAUGUUUUUCAGCUUUGUGAAGUCAUUAUGAACAUUUGUAAAACAUAAAUGACAGUUCUGUGAUUUACUUCUGUUGCUGCGAAAAAACAUUUCCUUGGUACAAAUUCAGGCAUUUAAAAAUAAAUCAUCUUAUUUUAAUUCUGAAA